AUGACACGUGACGCGACGCUCGCACGCUUAAUAACAAGACGAAAUGACAGUUACGUGAAUGACGUCACGGCACACGAGGACGUCGAUGAUGUCAUUUAUGUUCUUCAGGGUCUGAUGGCGAUCACUAAUGGAUUUCCAGGAUCAUGACAGCGUAUAAUGUUCAGAUUGUGAGCGUCAUGAACAAACAAGCUCUUUCUCUAGCGUGGAGUCAUAAUGAGGAGGAAUGAGGAGGAGACGCAUAUAAACGGCCUGAGAUCCUCGUCUGCUGCUCCUCGUCAUUCUGCUGCUCAUUACACAGGUUCAGGUCCAUCAUGAGUUGCCCGUCUUCUGGUCAGCAGGGAAUUUACCCACAGACCCCUCAGCAAUGGCCCAGUCAACCCUGUCAACAGCCCUGCUGGUCCUGCCAACCCGCUCAGCCCAACUGGCCUGUUAACCAGCCCAGCGCAUUGGUUCCUACGACCUGGCCGGUCCAACCGACUCAACCAGGCUGGCCCAACCCUCCAACUACUCCAACUAUCCAACCCAGCCCGGCAAUCCAGCCAAACCCAACAAUCCAACCAAUUCAACCAAUUCAACCAACCCAACCAACUCAACCAGUCCAACCCAUCCCAUCAAUCCAACCAAAUCCACCAGUUCAACCCAACCCACCCGUUCAGCCGAGCUGGCCCGCUCAACCACCAACCCCGACGGGUUACCUACCGUCUCCAGUCCCUCCGACGUGGCACGGUAAUCCUGGUCAGCCCGGCUGGCCCGGUCAGGGGCCCACAGGAGGAGUGCCGCAGCCGUGGCCCCCAGCGCCAGCCACCGCUCCUGUAGUGGUUCCUUUCAACAUGAACUUUCCCCGCGGCAUCUACGACAAGCUAAUGCUGACCAUCAGAGGACAGAUUAAACCAGACGCUAAAAUGUUCACGAUCAACUUCCUGCGCGGUAACGACAUCGCCCUUCACAUCAACCCGCGAUUCAGCGAAGGAGGGAAACCGGUUCUGGUCCGCAAUCACAAACUGGGUGAACGCUGGGGAAAAGAGGAGCGGGAUCUUCUGUCGCCGUUUCCCUUCAUGCCGGGGCAUCACUUUGAGAUGAAGAUCCUCUGCACCUUCACCGAGUUCAAGGUGGCCGUCAACAACACGCCUGCGUUCGACUUCCAGCACCGCAUCAAAGAGGUCAACCAGAUCGACCGCAUCAACAUCCUGCACGACGUCACGCUCACGUCCGUCACCGUGGACACGCUCCCAUGAGCCUCAGCACACCAGAUCAACCAUAUUAAACACCAGCGCUCACCAUCACCUUCAAGACACGACACUCUACAGCUCCAGAUCCUUCAAUAAAACACACAACCUGAAGCAUCGGCUCUCACACAAACACCACCUCCAUUAACACACGCGUGUUGUUCAGGUCAUUUUGACCCAGAGACGAUUUUCUUCAAGAAAAUGCUAGAUGUACUGACUGCUCACAAAAAGAUAUAAUGACUUCUCAAAGACUGAUACUUUUUGGGAAUUUUUUUUCACAACUUGUUCAGGUGUGUCAGAAACGACCAGCUACCAAAAAUUGCUUAAAAUUUUCUCGUUGUGCCACAUUUUUACCAAAUACUGAAUUCCAUCUUUUUGUCAACUUGUUUUCUUUCAGAUAGCACAGGCUUUGUUUCUUUUUGGACCUGACUGAUUUCAGCUUAUGCUCCUCAGUUUUUGAGUGAAUUUUGGUCAAAAUGAUCCAUAAAUAAUGCUUUUUUCACUCAUCAGCUUAAACUCAGAUGAACGAGACCUACAAUCAGUCUGUUCCAAAAAAAAAAGAUUCAACUCAAGAUUUGCUAAAUAUAUAGCAUUACAAGAAUUUUCUAAGCAAUUUUUGAAGGGCUGGUCAUUUUGGACUGGGAACAUUAAAUUAGAGACGGGAUUUUCGGGCACAAGAGUUUAUACAAAUUAUACAAACAGAAAUUUUCUUUUGCAAAACAAUGGACGGUUGACUAACAAAGAAAUAUUACCAUCUUUACUUCCAUACUGUUAUAUCUGGAAAAUAUAAGAAGAUCUAAAUCUGUCAUGGUCAAACAUCAAACAUUUUCAAUCAUAUUGUCACGCUGAAGAUAUUAUUUGUAUUGAAUGUAAUGUUGUGUCUUACUAUAGAGUGUGAUCAAUUCAACAGAGAAUAACACUAACCUAUAUGCAAAACCCUACUAAUGUUGAGUGUGAAUUAAA